AUGGGUUGCUGUUUGACUGUUGGACCAAAUGAAGCGCUCGUUGUGUCAGGUGCCUGUUGUGGUUCAGAUGAAAAGACAUAUGUGGUGGGAGGCUGGGCGUGGGCAUGGUGGUUUAUAUCAGACACACAGAGAAUUACACUAGAGAUAAUGACACUACAGCCUAAGUGUGAAGACGUGGAGACAGCGGAGGGAGUCGCUAUUACAGUGACAGGAGUUGCUCAAGUCAAGGUUAUGACCGACAAAGACUUGCUGGCGGUUGCCUGUGAGCAGUUUCUGGGAAAGUCUGUCAUGGAAAUCAAGGCUGUGGUCCUGCAAACCCUGGAGGGACAUUUACGUUCUAUCUUAGGCACUUUGACCGUGGAGCAGAUCUACCAGGACAGAGAUGAGUUCGCUCGGCUGGUGAGGGAGGUGGCAGCUCCUGAUGUGGGUCGGAUGGGGAUUGAGAUCCUCAGCUUCACUAUAAAAGAUGUCUAUGAUAAGCUGGACUACCUGAGCUCUCUUGGAAAAACUCAGACAGCGGCUGUACAAAGGGACGCUGACAUCGGAGUGGCCGAGGCAGAGAGGGAUGCUGGGAUUAGAGAAGCUGAGUGCAAGAAAGAAAUGAUGGAUGUGAAGUUCUUGGCCGACACUAAAAUGGCUGACUCCAAGCGAGAGCUGGAGCUGCAGAAAGCUGCUUUCAAUCAAGAAGUGAACACUAAGAAAGCAGAGUCUCAGCUGGCCUAUGAACUACAGGCAGCUAAAGAGCAGCAGAAGAUCAGAUUGGAGGAGAUCGAAAUCGAGGUUGUGCAGAGGAAAAAGCAGAUCUCCAUUGAGGAGAAAGAAAUUGAGAGGACAGAGAAGGAGCUGAUUUCAACAGUCAAGCGUCCUGCUGAAGCAGAGGCUUACAAGAUGCAGCAGCUGGCAGAAGGACAGAAGAUGAAGAAAGUGCUGACUGCUCAGGCUGAGGCAGAGAAGAUCAGGAAGAUCGGAGAGGCAGAGGCCAUCUCUAUCGAAUCCGUGGGGAAGGCCGAGGCCGAGAGUAUGAGGCUGAAGGCAGAGGCCUACCAGCAGUACGGAGAAGCCGCCAAGACUGCGCUCGUCCUGGAAGCACUUCCCAAGAUCGCUGGAAAGGUAGCAGCGCCUCUGGCCAAGACCAAUGAGAUUGUUAUUCUGAGUGGGGAUGGCAGCCGCGUGACCGGGGAGGUGAACCGUCUCCUCGCUGAGCUGCCGGUGUCUGUUAAUGCACUCACGGGUGUGGACCUGUCCAAGAUCCCUCUGUUGCAGAAGAUGACGGGUGCUUAAGCAGGAAGUCAAUCAGUUGCGUCUCCUUCAUGAUAUGUUGUAUGCACUCACAGAAACUGCCUUUAGAAGACUUGGAAAUCUUUUAUUAUUAUUAUUAUUAUUAUUUAAAGAAACAAGUAGAUUUUUGAUACCUCUGGUGCCUUAAUGUUUUUUUAUAGGACCAGAAUAUCUGCAUGCACUGCUGCUCCCACAUUCCUCAGUUCACUUGUUGCUGGAGUCAUUGUACACACGUCAGAGACCACUAGAACAAUUAGUACUGCUUUUUGUUUUGUUAUAAAUUUCUGUAGUGUCAGCAUACAAAACUCUACCUAUCACACUUUUUCUUUACUGUUUUAUACACUUUUAUCUCUACACUACUAAGACACUUUAACACUCAAUGGUGAGUCAGCUUUAGUUUAGAUUACAAUCAAAUCUUUGUAUCCGUCCAAAGUCAAGCACUGUUUCUUCAUUCAUAUUAAAGCAUAUUUCUGUCUACAAAGAGGCGACGUUAUACCUUACAGAUCCUGCCAUGAUUUCUAACAUUCAGGAAGACUGUCACUGUUGCGAGUAGCGAGUAGCAUUCAGUACACUAAGCUCUUGGACAAAAGUAUUGCUUCACGGGUAAACUUCAGUGUCAUCUUUGGUAGAAUGAAGCCAAGUGCUCCUCUUUUUUUUUAGAUGUUGCUGACACAUAAAUAGACAUGGCCUUUAUAAACCCAGCCAUCUUGCCAACUUAAAUCAUUAGUUCAGAUCAAUCUCGUCGCUUGGGCAUUUUUAAUAUCGUUGGAUUGUAUGUGUGCUUUGUUUUGUUAAAUUGAUAUUAUUGGACAAAAUCUGUUUUUAUUUUUUGUUUUUUUAAGAAAUUUAGUUCUGGAGAGAUUUAUCAUUUGUUGUUUGAUGUUUGGAUAUCCAACCAAUCCGAUGCUGUUAAUAUAGUUUCAUGACAAUAAGAGUUGAGCCAUUUUUAAGAUCAUUUUGUAUAGUUGUUUGACACCCAUGCCUAACAAAAUCUUUUUAAAUAUUAACAAGAGUUACAUAAGAUACUCGAUAGCUGUCAUGGGAUGCAUUGACAUCGCCAUUUAUGGACAAUAAUGUUCUGUUUUGUAGUGGUUUAUCUAGAUGGUGUACUCUAGUCACUGUGAAAGUUUAUUACCUCGGUUUCCUCAUUCGGUUCAGAGCGAGUGGCGGUUUGCAGUAAAGUUUAACAUGCUUCUACAUUUAUUCUGCUGGGAAGGGACAAAGUCACUUUUCCUUGUGUUAAUUUGACAUGCUAAUGAAAAACAAACAAACGGUAAAGCCAGGAGAUCACACUCCUCUUUGUGAUAUAUAGAUUUUAAUCAUAGUUUGUGUCCCUUUACCGUCCAUUUUUAUUAAAUCUUUAUAAAACUGAUUUAUUUAUUUAGUUUUAGCAUGGGUAAGAGGCACUGGAAACCUUGACUCUUUACGCAGUUUCUUUUUCUUUAUUUUUUAACACUCUGAUAUGUUUGAUUAAUUCAGAACUAUUAAAGCCAUGUCAGGUUUAGCCAUUUAGCAUUAGCGCAUCAUCGACUGUUUAUGUGCUUUGUAUGGCAUUGGUAAUACACUAUACUGUGUACUGGACAAACAUUAUAGGAACCGUAGAAGGACAGGACACAGCUCAGGACAAUGACAGGACAAAGCUCAGAUGUGCUUUUCCUUUAGUGGGUCACACAAACUAACCCCAACUUGCCAUUGUCGAUAUGGGGAGGAUUUGGUAGUUUUAUACAUGCUCUUUACACAGAUUUAACUCAGCAUGUUUAUGGUGCAUGUAUGUAUUUCCAAAUGUAAUAAAUCUAAUGUGACCCCGU